ACGGCGACAGUUCCCCAUGGUAACGAGGGUAGGUUCGCGAAGCACAACAGACGACGUUCGUUCGCGCGAGUGGUGUGACCCGCUCGUGUGUUAGGACGAUUGAGAAUACACGCGUUUUCUCUACUAUUUCACGAAAGUUAGUGGCCUCGGUUCUUUAUUUGUGGCACGUUCGCGAUCUUUAAUCGUGGGAUAUUUGAUACGAUCUACGAGAUAUACAAUAAAACGGAAGUUGAAUAUAUAAUAGAAGAACGAUAAAUAGAAGAUACAGAGAAACAAAAAGAAAGAAAAUUAAAAAGAGAAAGAAACGUUAUUAAAGCGACUUUUUUUUUUCUUCCGACGACGACGGAGACGUUGUUGCGUCUCUACAGAAGAAUUUUUUAACCGUCGUCGGUGUUGGGUCGCGACUGCGGUCCAAAACAUCAUCAGAGGUGGCGUGGGGCACGGCUGUAAUGGAAUUACAGAGCUGGUUACUCUACCAUCUCGUAGCUGUAACCGACUGCAAUCAAGUUAAAUUUAUCUGAGUUUGGCCAACGUUCACAGUCCACUGCCUUUUUUGUUAUUUAAUUUCCAAUCCCGUUAUCGUCAAGAGGAAACUGCGGUUUACCAAUGUUUGAUGUGAUGCAGUCGGCAGCUACAAUUGGUGGUGGUGGAACUUAUCCUGCCGGAGGGACCGGAAGUCGUGCUCGAGACUUGGGUCUUCGUGCUCAGAAGAAGCUAUUAGGACGAGUGGUCUCCACUGGUGCUGGAAGAUCUCUUUUAAUAGAUGACGCGACCACUUCACUCUUAGACAAUCUCUACAAGUUGAUGGAAAGAGCGACGAAGAAUAAUUCAAACUUGGAUAAAAAACAACCAGAGAAAGUUCUUAAGAAUAUCGUUAAAUUAUCCAUCAAGGUUGGACUGUUGCAACGUAAUCAACAGCUCGGUCCAGCAGAUGAUGCAAAACUUAUUGAGAUCAGGACAGCUUUGAGAGCAGUAGCAAUGGCUGUUGUCUCCUUCUAUGAACUCGAGUUUAGUUUCGACAAAGCGUACUUAACUCGAUCCCUCGAGCGUUGUAGAUCUGCGAUACAGGGUUUAAUAAAACCUCAUUUAACAGAUAAAUCUCAGGAUCGGUGCGAUCAAGUUUUCGAUUUUCUAAGAAAUCCUGAAUUUUUAGAUGCGGUCUUUAGACAAGAUUCUGAACACAGACCAAUCCUUGGCAUGCUAGUCAGUGAUAUAAACAAAGCUUUAGAUGCUGGACAUCUUUGACUUUUUGUAGAUUCCAUUGUACACGAUCGAUAUUAAAUAUAAAAAAAAAAAAUGCCAAGAACACAAAGAUUGGUUGGAUCAAUAAUUUAACGUAGAACUGUCACAGAAGGUUGAUUCUAACAUUUUCUUACGUGUCCUGUUUUUUUUUUGGCAAGCUGCGUGUGCGUUGAUAUUUUUAAGCGAUAUUUUCCUAAAAUUUACGCACGAAAUAUAUCGCACUCACGGUGGUAGUCGAUUUUCUUUAAGGUAACAACUUAUGAAAAAAAAAAACAAUAUAUUUUCCGUAUACAUGCACACGUAUACAUAUACAUACGUGAUCGCUACUCUAGUUUUACGAUCGAUGAACGUAUCUAUUGAUUUCUGCAAUAAUCGUUCAAUACUCUGCUUAAAUUAAGAAUAUCGAUAUAUAAAUAUAUGUAUAUUAUGUAAACAAAUUAUAUUUAUUCGCGCGCCUAAUUGUUAGGAAUUAUUAUGAAUUAUUAUGAAUUAAUAUUAUAAUAAUUUACAUUUGUCGCGAAAGUUCGAAUUUUGACGGUCCUUGAAAAUGUAAUGGAGUCGCACGUAAUUAUUGCACAUUAAAGAUAAAAAUAAAAAGAAAAAUAAAGAAAAAUAAGGAAUAACACAUUCAUCACGCGAUAGACAUUUUAUAAAUGAUAAUCACCACAUAUCUUAAUUUAAUAACAUACACACUUAUGUAUAUUUCAAGGAUAAUUAUAAUGUGUAUAUUCUACUGAAAAUUAUCGGUUUUAAGAAUACGCAUUUUAUAUACAGUAUACACCUCCUCUCUUUACACGUUAUUUAUGAUGAUUAUCUAUAUAGCGAAAUGUUUUACCAAUGGUCAAUAAAUUAUUUAUAAACGCGAAA